AAAGACAUCCAGGGCUUGGUCACAAGCUACCUUACCUUGGAUAAUGAGGAUAUGGGAGGAAGCCUUUCUGGAUACUUUGAAGCAAACUUGCAAUGGAUAUUUGUUUUGUAAACUGGGAGCUGACAACAUCGAAUUGGUUUACAAUCCCCUAAUAGUUUUUAAUGCUCUUGAGUGGUACAACAAUCAGGGAUAUCUUUUUGAUAUUCCAAGUAUAAGUAGCUUAUCUGAUGCAACUCACUUCUUUGGGACAAUUGCUAGGCAGAACCUAGUUAAAUACAAAGACCUAAUUUUUUUCAAAGCAAAUGCACCUGUAGAAGUAAACUUUAAGCUCAAUCUUUCGUUUUCUGACAUCCUCACUGCUUCAGUCACAGGACAUGAAGCAGGCUGCCAUAGUGUUGCCUGCUCACUGCUAUAUUACCUAGGUGACUCACACAUAGUCCAAAUGAUGAUUGCUCAAUUAAUUGAAGAGCAAUGCGCUAAUAAUUUUGCUGGUAAUGCUGAAGACAGAGAGAAUGUAUACCAAGAACUUAUGAAUGACAAUAUAGCUCCCUUUAUUGGAAUUAUCAAGAAUUUUUUCAAUAGUGAAUCAAUGAGAGACCUACAAACUCUCAAUGAGCACGUGCUAAAAACAGCUCUUUUGGCUCUCAUUCCAUUUAGUGGUCGAGUUUCUGAGCUCUGUCUCAUGGCAGACUCAAGGAAACCUUAUGGUCAAGGGCGUUAUAAAUUCCCUGAUCUUUUUGUUGCCAAACGUUCACUUUUGGAUAUCCGGACUCUGA